ACUUCGCUCUCGGUUGUUUGGUUGGAAGGCGGAGUUCAGUCCAAUAAAUUCCUCAUUGAAACAGCGGUGAAGUUAGUAGUAGCACUCACUUUCACUGGAAUAAGAAGUAUUUUUUCAUUAAGGUUUCGCUCCAACACUACUUUGUCGUUUGGACGGCGGUGAGCAGCGGACUGCUAAGGUUAUAAUUUCACCUGCGGGACCAGUCGAAGUAACGUCACCUCGGGAUAGGUGCCGAAGGGAUCAAAAUGAAGCACAUGUCGUUACUGUGCUUGUAUGCGCUGGUGGCCUUGUUUGGCCAUAAGGGUGUGCUGUCCCAAGCCCCGUCUUACGGUGAACGGGGCUCUGAUCUCGGCAUACAGGUGUUUCAGCAAGUAGUCCGCAACAAGCCUCUGGAAAAUGUGGUGCUUUCACCCCAUGGCGUGGCUUCCAUCCUGGGCAUGCUGCUACCUGGAGCACAUGGGGAAACACGAAAGCAAAUCCUGAAUGCUCUCCGUUACAAGAAGAAUGGCCCUUACAGGAUGUUGAAAAAGCUGCACAAGACCUUGACAGCCAAGUCCAACCAGGAUGUUGUGCUAAUUGCAAACGCCAUGUUCACCCAGAUGGGUUUCCCCAUGGAAGAGACCUUUGUGGAAACCAACAAAGCUAAUUUUCAGUGCGACAGAAGGAGCCUGGACUUCGGCAACCCCAAUGCAGCAGCAGAUGAAAUCAAUGCAUGGGUCAACAAUAAGACCAAAGGUCACAUCCCCAGCUUGAUCAAAGCAGACAUGCUGGAUCCGGCUAUGACCCGUCUAGUGGCUGUCAACUCAAUCUUCUUCAAAGGAUUGUGGAAGUCCCGCUUCCAGCCUGAGAACACCAAGAUGAGACCCUUCAAUGGGGGUGAUGGAAAUGUAUACAAAGUCCCAAUGAUGUCCCAACUGUCUGUCUUCAAUAUAGGCAUGGCCACCACGCCACAGGACCUCAAAUACAAGGUAAUUGAGCUGCCUUAUCAUGGCAACACCAUCAGCAUGCUAAUUGUCCUGCCUUCUGAGGAGGACACACCUCUGUCCCGUGUGAUCCCACACAUCAGCACCGCCACAGUGCAGAGCUGGACCAAGCUGAUGCACAUGAGGAAAAUCCGCCUGCUCAUUCCCAAAUUCACUGCUGAUACAGAGGUAGAUUUGGAGGCCCCGCUCUCUGCACUGGGAAUAUCAGACAUGUUCAGUCAGGGCAAAGCUGACUUCAGACACAUCAGUUCUGAGCCUGUUUAUGUAUCCAAGGCACUCCAGAAAGCCAAAAUUAUUGUGAAUGAAGACGGAACAAAAGCAGCAGCUGCCACUACUGCCAUUUUGCUGGCACGCUCCUCUCCACCUUGGGUUACCGUGGACAGACCUUUCCUCUUCCUCAUCAGACAUAACCCAACAGGUACCAUCCUCUUUAUGGGCCAGAUCAACCAGCCUUGAGGCCUGCCUGCACAGGUCAGCCCCCGGCAGCAUCAUUCGCCAGCACAGGACAUGCUUACACACUGCCACGCAUGAACACACACGCGCACAUACACACAAACACACUUUGCUGUAGACUUAUGUACAAUGUGGACAUAUGAUGUUAUUUGUUUUAAAUGUUGCUUUUUAUGUUCCCCAUUUUCUGUAACGCAUAACAUGCUGUAUAAAUGUUUUGCAGACUAAAUUUUCCAACUGUUUUAAUUUUUUUUAUUACUUUUUUGAAUUUAUUACAUUUUUAAAAGACUUUGAAUGUCAAAUGUGUAUUUUCUCAACUCUGGAGUAGGAUAAUCAGUUUAUUUAUCAUGUCACCGUUUCAGUUUAAAAGUUCUCCCUCUCAAGUCAUCUAACUCCAGUCUGUAUUAAGUUUCACUCCUAAGUUAUGGCAAUGUACAUCCCAUCUUGAAAACUUUUCAUUCAGCUACUUUAAAGUGAUUGUUUCCCUGACUGAGGAGAUCUUCUGUUAUCAUACUUGCUUCACAUUUGAAAAAAAUAAAUACACAUAUUUAUAACAUCA